AUGGACAAAGGUUGGCAUUGGUGAGUACAGUGUCUCUCUACUUGACUGCCAUAAUGUCAUGGAAUGCCGAUACGGCGUACGCUAUGACCCUCGUCAAACACUUAUCUGUACCCAUAGGUAGUUGGCCCUUGCAAGAAUAUGAUAAGUUCGCUUUGUUGCGUUAUAUCUUGUCUAGUUUUGGGUUGAGCAUAGUGGUGAUCGUACAGUUUCUCGAACUCUAUUACAACUGUACCAGCGCGUACGCGAAUCUUGAUGCUCUCACGCUUUUUGCAUGCGGUAUUCUCGCUUUAACAAAAAUAAUAUGGUUUCGUAUAUACGCUGAUAAUCUCACCUGCAAUUACUCUUCUGCCAUGAACGAUUAUCUUACGAUCGACACCGAGGAGAAGCGCAUCGUCAUGCGAGAUCACGCUUUCUGGGGAAGGGUAAUCUGCAUUAUCGCCCUGUUGAUCGCUUACGUCGAUUCUGUGAUCUUCAUCGUGGGACACGCACAAAUAAGCAGCGAGGAGGCUAAAGCUAAUAUAUCUAUCCUAGGCCAUCAAGCGGGUUAUGCUAUUCCGUCGACAUGUACCUUAGCGCACUUUCACAUUACGACGAGCUUAUAUUUGGUGAUUUUCGCCCUGGAGUAUAUCUAUCUAGUAAUCAUGUGCAUUAGCAAUCACGGCAGUGAUUCUGUAUUUCUUCAUAUCGCAUUACACGUGUGCGGCCAAUUAAAAAUUUUAAAAGCGAAUUUUAUGAACUUUGACGUUACAAGUCCGAAAGUCAAUGAACGUUUUACAGUACUGAUUUUGAGACAUAAUCAUUUGAUAAGAAUGGCCAGAAAGCUCGCUGAGAUAAUUAGCUUUGUUUUGAUGGUACAACUUUUUAUCAGCAGUAUGCUUAUAAUUAUAGUAGGAUUUCAGUUUAUCAUUGCCUUAACAACCAGUGACUUUGGUAUGAUGUCAAAAAGUUUCUUGGUACUUAGCGCUUUUCUGGUGCAGUUAACGCUGUACAGUGUUGUCGGAGAUUAUUUAAAGACGCAGAUGGAAGAAGUCGCACUGUCCGUCUAUCAGAGCGUUUGGUAUGAUCUUCCUGCAAAAAUAACAAGAAAUAUAGUAUUUAUCAUGAUGUGGACCCAGUUUCCGAUUAAAUUGCAAGCUGGAAAUUUCGUUGUGGUGGACUUGGGAACUUACAUGAGCAUCUUAAAAUCUUCUGUUUCGUAUUUGUCUGUUUUACGCGUGAUGAUGGAAACUUAAAACAUUGAAAGCAAAUAAUAAACAUUUUUAAUAAACACA